AUGCCCGGCGUGUUUGGAAUCAGCGGAACCGCGUCGUCGCUUCAAGAGGUGCAUUGGCGAAGCUGCAUACUAGAUAGCGAGGCGGAUGGUGGUGGCCCAACGGUUUGGAUAGGGAUAGCCGAAAGGGGUAUCGGUAAAAACUGGUCGGGCUCCUAG